UCGUCACUAAUUACAUCUCUUGGAUUGCUGUUUCUUCAAGUUUAAGACAAACACUCACUCACCUAAAAACUUGCGUUAGCAGUGACGGGCUCUUUUCAAUCCCAUUUGUCUUCUCCAAAUUCACACCUCCAGAUCCAAUCUUGCUUCCAUUUCUGUUCAUAGAAAUCGAGGGUCCGUCUUAGAUAAUUGGUAAUCACUCCUCCCUCUGCAAUUUUGUUUGAGUUCAAGAUCCGAGCUUUUCUUGUUUGUGGUAGUUUCAUUUUUAUGCUUCUAGUAAAGGCUCAAGAUCCUAUUUUUUGGCUUUAGACUAUUAUAUAGAUUUGUAUAAAGUGGAUUUGAGUGGAUUUUGGGGAUUUGUUACCUUGCUUAGAUUAUUAGAUGAAAGAAGUGAAUCAAACAGAUCCCAUUGGGCAGAACGUGAUAAAGCUGAUAAGCAAUGUCUGUUUCUCAGUGUUUGUGUUCUCAGUCUUGAUUUUCAGUGUGAUUGCAAUCACAUACCAACCCCCUGACCCAUGGGAGUCAUCUAGGGCUCUCACUAAGGUCUUCACCGAUGUCGAAAACGCCACAUUCCAUAUGGACUCAUCGAUCCUCAGGACCGGUGAGGACGUCGCCUAUGCACCCGCGUUGAGCCCUGUGGGGUCUAUAACCGAGUCCAACAUUGAGAAAUCCGAGGAGGCACUCGGGAAGAACGUGACUCUGAAGCCCAGUUGUGAGGAUGUUGAUUCGUCGGUUGUGAAUUGCUCGGACCCGAGGGUCUUGAUCGCAAUCCAGAGGUUUAACUUGAGGACUUUCAAAGGGAUUGUGUUCUUGGAGUACCAAGCCCCGGUGAAUGGGACGAGGCCGGAUGAGUGUGACGUGUCGUGGAGGUUUAGGAACCGGAAGGAGAAGUCUUGGAGGCGGUAUAGGGAUUUUCGUAGGUAUAGGAUUGGUUUUAAGGAUGAUUGUAGUGUUAAGGUGGUGAGGGCCGGGCGAUGGCACUCUGGAGUCAAUGCUCGUCGUUUUAGGAGUAGGGGGAAUGGCACGAGGAGUGGUCAGAGGGUGAGGGGUGCUCCUCCGACCAUUAGGGAUGAUGAGAUCAAUGACACGAUCGCGACAUUGGGGCCGGAUUCUGCUUUUAGGGGAGGGAAGUACUUGUAUUACUCGAGGGGAGGAGAUCACUGCAAGGGGAUGAAUCAGUAUCUUUGGAGCUUUCUAUGUGCGCUAGGCGAAGCUCAGUUCUUGAACAGGACGUUGGUGAUGGAUUUGAGCAUAUGCUUGGCGUCUACUUACACGAGGAGUGGCAGGGAUGACGAAGGGAAGGAUUUUAGGUUCUACUUCGACUUUGAGCAUUUGAAAGAGUCGGCUUCCAUUGUGGAGGAGCGCGAGUUUCGUAGGGAUUGGAGGAGAUGGGAGAAGGGCCAUAAGGCGAAUGUCCCGGUUAGGAAGGUUGAGAGCUAUAAGGUGACACCGAUGGAGCUGAGUAAGGAUAAAAGCUCGAUUAUCUGGCGAGAGUUUGCUGGUGGUCCGGAGGAGAAGGGCAACUACUGGUAUCGCGUGUGUGAGGGUGAGGCCGGGAAGUACAUCAACAGGCCGUGGCAGGCGCUGUGGAAAUCGAAGCGGCUGAUGAACAUCGUCUCCGCGAUCAGUGGGAGCAUGGACUGGGAUUACGAUGCUGUGCACGUCGUUCGGGGACAGAAGGCGCAGGACAAGAAGCUGUGGCCUCACUUGGACGCGGACACAGCGCCCGAGGCCAUAGUGGCGAAGCUGCAAGGGGAGGUGGCGCCGUGGAGGAACUUGUACGUUGCGACGAACGAGGGGUUCUACAACUACUUCGACAAGCUGAGGUCGCACUACAAGGUGCACUUGCUGGAUGACUACGGGUACCUGUGGGGGAACACGAGCGAGUGGUGGAACGAGACGACUCAGCUCAACGGGGGGCGGCCCGUUGAGUUUGACGGGUAUAUGAGAGUGGAGGUGGACACUGAGGUGCUCUACAGAGCCAAGAAGAAGGUGGAGACCUUUAAUGACUUGACUAAGGAUUGCAAGGAUGGGAUCAAUACAUGCUGAACAGUAAUACAACUAUUCAUUUGUGUUUCUUUUUAUUUGCUUGUUUUAUGGCAUCUUACUAGUUUUAUAGUAGUAGUACAGUUCUUGUCAGGAUCGAAUGUUAAUUGUGAUUGAAUUUAUUGUGAUAUUAUGUUGAAUUUAUAGAUGACAUUGUUGAUUGUUGAA